CGUGCAGUAACGAACACCGCAGAUGUUCCACGUGAUUUAUAAGAUCCCGCGAUUUUGUAAUCCACGAGGAUAGCUGGUUACAAGUCAGGUUUUAUUUGCACAACGUCAAGACGUGUCGAGCGGUGGCGAAGGAAAUUACAUGACUACGAACGGAAUCGAGAUGGAUCGGAGUUUCAAGAACAACGCGGAUUUCAAGAUGAAUCAACAGAACUUUAAACUGAGCGAUUUCGGGAUCGACGUGAAAUCCGGCCACGAAUCGAAGACCACUGGUCAGAAUAAUCAAUGUAAAACUCGGCGAAGUGCUCAGGUCAGUCAGCGGUACAUUCACGCGGAGAAUACACACGUGCGGCAGAUUCCGAUAAGUCCUGGGCAACUCGCGAGCGGCUCGAAUCUGCUGCAGGUCGUAUGCAAUCGUUCUCGCGCCAGUCCGCUGAUGACGUCCAACAGCAACCAGCACAGGAACAACCCAAGUCAACUUGGACAGUUGCAAAAUAUUGCUGCGGCGGCGGCGGCAGACCGAUUUCAGACGUCCAGUCCGAGCAACCUGUCCGGAACCGGUCCGAUCAUGCAGCUCAGCUCGUCGCCCAGUUAUUGGAAACAAUACGGGGGGCAGGAAAGCGGGUAUGGCUCGGAUGAAUUCGGACAGGACUCGCCGAGAUACACGUCGCCGAAGGGUGCCCUUUACGCGGAUUCCUAUUACAUCGAUGGUAAUACUACAGGAACCGGUCCCGGUGACCCAUGGACGGGUAGCGGCGGUGGUGUCCAACCCCCAUACAGUGGAUAUGCACCCUCUCACCUGGCGCAGCCAGCCUAUCCCAUGCACCUACCCCACGACCCUAUGGCAUACUCAGCGAUGUCGCCGAAUGGUGAAUCUGCAGCGCCGAUCCUGGGCUCGGCGGUGACCAGUGCGGCUUCCCUGCCGCCAAUGUCGACAUUCCGGGGUAAUGCCGCGGUCGCGGCGAACAGCGGCACAGGGGCGCCGUCGCCGGCAUCGUUGCAAUAUAGCCAUAGUCCUGGUGCACCGACGACCGCGCCUUCCGCGCCCAACACUGCGCCCACGACGAACCAGCAAUCCACCACGGACGACACCCUCGGCAAGACCCUCGCAUCCGUCGUGAGCACUCGAAUUUAUCCCACGGACCAAUCAGUAUCCAGUUAUAGCAGUAAUCCAUCUACGCCCGUCAGUUCGCCACCACCUUUAACCGGUUCGGCACCAGGUUGGGCACCUGGAGCCGCGCCAGUAUCUCCGCAUUUUACGGCGGAUCCCAAUCGUGGUAUUCACAUGCCGGCGCCUGAACAGCAGAGGCUAGACGAUGCCAUCGGCUUCCUUCGCGACCACGCCGAGUUGGUACAGGGGGCACGAAUGGAGGAGCGGUUAGACGAUGCCAUAAACGUAUUGAGGAAUCACGCCGAAAGUCAAGUAGCCCUUCAUCUUGGACCAGUUGGUCCACACGGCGGGAUAUACUCGCAUACCUCACCACCGCAGUUAGAACAUUUGACGAGUCCACAUCCUGCGGUAACGGUGACGCAACCUCAGGGUUCCUAUCCCGGUCUUACACCCACGCCCGACACAGAUGGUUCGAUCAAGAUCGAAAGGUUACCUGUGACGAAUGCCAAAUACAUCCCCUUAGAAAAGAGGAAAGAUCCGCCCGACAGUAGCGGCGGCGAAACAAAACCAUCAAGCAGUGAACUCGCAGCCGGUGUAAUCGGAGCUGCUACAGUUAACUCGACGUCGCAAGGAAAAGGAACGAAGAGAUCGCGUAGAUAUUGUUCGAGCGCUGAGGACGAGGAUGAUGAUCCCGACAUGAAGGCACAAAGGGAGAAAGAGAGGCGGCAAGCAAAUAAUGCUAGGGAAAGGAUACGUAUCAGGGAUAUCAAUGAGGCUCUAAAGGAACUUGGCAGAAUGUGUAUGACACACCUAAAGACGGACAAACCUCAAACGAAACUCGGUAUUCUCAACAUGGCUGUUGAAGUUAUAAUGACACUCGAACAACAAGUUAGAGAGCGGAAUCUUAAUCCGAAGGCUGCGUGUUUAAAAAGAAGAGAAGAGGAGAAAGCCGAGGAUGGUCCGAAGUUACCAGGCCAUCUUGCAGCGCACAUAGCACAUCCGCAUUCUCAUCCACACGCGCACUCCCAACCGCCCUUUCCCGCAUUACCUGGUCCACAACCUUCCCUUCAGCACAAUCCACCACAGCCGCAGUAGCAGCGGCUCAGUGGCGGUAUCAUUCUGUGUUAAGGGGUAGAUACAUCUUAAAAUCAAUAAAAAACAAGUUUAUGAACAUGACUUACAUACCUAUAUAGGAUUUUUCUCUGCUCUUAUAAGUUGUGGGAAUGUGCAAAAAAUUGUGGAUAUUAUGUGGUGCGUUACAUUAGUAGAAGACAGAAAAGAAGAAGAGAUAAGAA